CGGCCUGCCCCAUGCCGGGAGUGGGGGUGGGGGCCGACGCAGCCACGUAGGAACUGCGCACACUCUGGCGCACCGAGAGACCCGGACUCCGGCGGCGGCGGACCCGAGCGGACCCAAGAGUGACGGAAACGCCGCCGCACCUCCCUAGCCGACGUCCGGCUCCGCCCCUGGGGUGGGCGGACACAAAGGCGGCCCAGAAAACCCGGGGUGGAUUUCCCCCGUUGCACCCGCUCGCUGAAGUGGGCAUUGUCAUUAGCGGGCUGCAGUAACGGGGUCGCCCCCCUACCAGAGCGCUUUCCGAGGGAGUUGCACUUGUGUUUAUUAGAGAAAGAUUUAAAAUCCUGCCCUUGCCCUCCCGCGGAGGCUUGAGAGGACUCGAUCUCCAGUCUGUCUGUUCUGGGCGACAGGGGCUCCGGAGUCCCCGAGCAGGGUUGCAGGGUCUAGUGGAGUGGGGCAUCCGGCGCCUGGGUCCCGAACCCUGGUGUCCAGCACUUCCCUACUCGGCGGCCCUGGCUCCUGUCCUCACUUCCUUCCCUUUUUGGCUCCUGCUGUCGGGCGGGCGGACGCUGGGAGGGGGGAAGCGGAAAGGGCGGGAGAGCCCGGGAACCCGGCAGGGUUCGGGAGGGGGGGGCGCGGAAAAGCUCGGGAGGGGACUCGGUCGAGGGCCAGAAACCGACCAGGACAGAGGGCCAGGACCCGCGCGCAGCCUCUCACCCCUCCCGACAGGCGCCCCCAUGGCUUGACCCCGCUGAUUCCUUCACUCGGCCAUGCUCCCGCGGCCCCUGCGGCUGCUUUUGGACACGAACCCCCCCGGGGGAGUCGUGCUGAGCAGCUUCCGGAGCCGAGACCCCGAAGAGGGUGGGGACCCAGGUGGCCGGGCCGUGGGCGGGGGGCAGGAGGAAGAGGAUGAGGAAGAAGAAGAGGCUCCAGUGUCUGUCUGGGAUGAGGAGGAGGAUGGCGCUACCUUUACUGUCACAAGCCGCCAGUAUCGGCCUCCUGAUCCCUUGGUCCCCUUGCCUCCCCCGCGUUCCUCCCGACGGCUCCGCGCUGGCACUCUGGAAGCCCUGGUCAGACACCUUUUGGACGCCAGGACAGCAGGGACUGACGUGACUUUCACGCCAGCCUUGCUGGCCACACACCGGGCCUUCACCUCCACGCCAGCGCUGUUUGGGCUUGUGACUGACAGGCUGGAAGCCCUCGAGCUGCGUGCUCCUGGCGAGCUAGAGAGGACCACAGGGGUAGCCAUCUCCGUUCUUUCAACUUGGCUGGCCUCUCACCCUGAGGAUUUUGGCUCUGAGGUCAAGGGUCAGCUUGACCGGCUUGAGAGCUUCUUGCUUCGGACAGGGUAUGCAGCACGGGAGGGUGUUGGGGGGGGCAGUGCUGACCUCAUCCGAAACCUUCGGGCCCGGGUAGAUCCCCGGGCCCCCGACCUUCCUAAGCCCCUGGCCCUUCCUGGCGAUUCCCCUGCUGACCCCACGGAUGUCCUGGUGUUCCUCGCUGACCACUUGGCCGAACAGCUGACCCUGCUAGAUGCGGAGCUGUUUCUGAACGUGAUCCCCUCUCAGUGUUUGGGAGGCCUCUGGGGUCACAGGGACCGGCCAGGACAUUCUCACCUCUGCUCAUCUGUCCGAGCUACUGUCACACAGUUCAACAAGGUGGCAGGGGCAGUAGUUAGCUCUGUCCUGGGGGCCACCUCAAUUGGAGAGGGGCCGGGGGAGGUGACCGUGAGGCCCCUCCGACCCCCACAGAGGGCCCGGCUCCUGGAGAAGUGGAUCCGGGUGGCACAGGAGUGCCGCCGGCUUCGGAACUUCUCCUCAGUCUACGCUGUAGUGUCUGCUCUGCAGUCCAGCCCUAUCCACAGGCUUCGGGCGGCCUGGGGGGAAGCAGCCAGGGAUAGCCUCAGAGUCUUCUCCAGCCUGUGCCAGGUUUUCUCAGAGGAAGAUAAUUAUUCCCAGAGCAGGGGGCUCCUCAUGCAGGAAGUGAAGCUGCAGCCCCCUGUGGAGCCACACUCCAAGAAGAUGCCAAGGUCCGGCUCCAGGGGUGGGGGUGUGGUUCCAUAUCUUGGGACCUUCCUGAAGGACCUUGUGAUGCUGCACGCUGCCUCCAAGGAUGAGCUGGAGAACGGCUACGUCAAUUUUGACAAGCGGAGGAAGGAGUUUGCUAUCCUUUCCGAGCUGCUACGCCUCCAGAACGAAUGUCGUGGCUAUGACCUCCGACCUGACCCCGAUAUCCAGCAAUGGCUCCAGGGCCUCCAGCCAUUAACUGAAGCUCAGAGUCACCGUGUGUCCUGUGAAGUGGAACCACCUGGUACCAGCGACUCUCCUGCUGUGAGGAUGCUCCGGCCGACGCUAGUCAUCUCCCAGUGGACAGAAGUCCUGGGCUCGGUUGGAGGCCCCACUCCUUUGUCCUGGGAUCGGCCCAGCGUUGGGGGAGACGAGGUCCCUGGAACCCCUGCUCCCCUGCUGACUCGGCUGGCCCAGCACAUGAAGUGGCCGUCUGUCUCCUCUCUGGACUCUGCCCUGGAAAGCAGCCCCUCCCUACACAGUCCUGCCGACCCCAGCCACCUCUCCCCUCCAGCCUCCUCCCCUAGGCCUUCUCGAGGUCACCGCCGCUCAGCCUCCUGUGGAUCUCCACUGAGUGGGGGCACAGAAGGGGCCUCUAGGGGUGCUGGAUAUGGGGGAGGAGCAUCUGGACCAGGGUCCUCUGAUUGCCGAAUUAUCCGAGUCCAGAUGGAGCUGGGGGAAGAUGGCAGCAUCUACAAGAGCAUCUUGGUGACAAGCCAGGACAAGGCCCCAAGUGUCAUUAGUCGUGUCCUUAAGAAAAACAAUCGUGAUUCUGCAGUGGCUUCAGAGUUUGAGCUAGUGCAGCUGCUGCCCGGGGAGCGAGAGCUAACCAUCCCACACUCGGCUAACGUCUUCUACGCUAUGGAUGGUGCAUCUCACGAUUUUGUCCUGCGGCAGCGCAGAAGGUCCUCCGCUGCCACACCGGGCUCCCACGCCGGCCCCUCUGCCUCAGGAACUCCCCCAAGCGAGGGAGGAGGGGGCUCCUUUCCCAGGAUUAAGGCCACAGGGAGGAAGAUUGCGCGGGCUCUGUUCUGAGGAGGACGUCCUGUUGGUUUACCGAAGUCAUAGCGCUUGCACCAGGUGUGAACCCACCAAUGGCGGCCGUUACACCAGGGCAGAAAUCCCGAAAGGUGGCCAGCAGCCCUGGGACAGUAAAGUGCACUUGUUUACCAAACCACCUCGAAAGCCAGCCCCAUGGGACUGGUGACCAUAUAACCAAGUUGGAUCCCUGCACAUGGCGUCCACCCGGGGAAGGUGGCAUACUGUCAGUGCUGGGGAGACUAUACUCCUGCCACGUGCUAGCCUGUGAAGGGCCCAGGAGAGGCCUAGAGGCUGAGCCCAGGGUGGAGGACGAUGACAGGACGUUCUGCUGGGACUUUCUCGUCCCACGCUGGGGGUUCCUGUCACUGUGCCAACACUAAGAUAAUAAACCAAACACUACCUGA